GAUAGAUUAAAAAAAUAUAUAAAAAAUGUUUGAUAACGGUUCACCAUGUAUGAACCUUGUAACACAAAUAAUUAUUUUUUUUUUUUAUUAAUUACAUGUUAACUAUUCUUUACUACUCAUUUGAAUAACAAUUUGUUCACUACGAAUUUUAACUUAUACAACCAAACAUAUUUUCAUAGACUUCAGCCUGCCGAUCCUUCAUUUAAUUUAUAGAGGAACGAUGGAAACGCGUCCUCUGCAAGUCGCUAUACAAUGUAUCCACAAUGAAAUGGAGUUUUCGGAACGUCUAGGAUUUUCUCAACGUCCGACCACUAUUUUUGUUUUACUUCGUGCAGUGAUUAUUUGAGUUGUUCAAUCAAAUGCAUGUAAAUUAGCUUUCGAGUUGUUAGACCACGCCAGGGGCUAAUUUAUAUCAUGCAUUAAUUGAAUAUCAUAUCUAAUCGUAGUAAACAUGACGAUGUAUCAGUUAUAUUAUAAACUUUUUACAAUCCUACACAUCAAUCAUACUUGUACUUACAAUACAUUUUUUUUAUAUAAAAUUAAAACAAAUGUAAACCAAUGUUAUUGCAAAUGAGGAAGAAUAGAACAAAUAGCAUGCUAUUAAAAGAAGCUAAACACAAUGGACCAAUUAAUUAUAAUAUAACAGUUCUAUAAAAUAUCAAACAUUUUUGUUUUAUAAAUAUAAUCUGAUUAUAGUUGUUGUGAUAAACUUUAUUCCAUAAUAUUAUGUACCAAAUUAUAUCUUACAUUUUUUUUUUAUAAUAAACUAAAUAUGUUACCUAAAAUUAUACUGUUGACUUAUUGAUACAAAAAUUAACUUAUUGCAUCAAUAGUAUAAGUACGGAGGUGACCAUUCGUUCAAGAAGAGGUCACCUUUAUACUACAUUGUAAAAAGAAAAAAAUAUGUUAAUCACCAUAUGACACGUGCUCGGUUGAACAUCGUUCAAAACUGUGAAGAUGAAUAUAGGUGGAGGAUAGCUGGACAUUAGCAGAAGAACAAAGAUCGUUACUUCCUUACAAGGGCUACAGAUAUCAAUUUAAUAUUUUUUAAACGAUAAGACCAUGAUGAAGUCGUAUUUAUAAGUAAACAUUUUUUGUUAUUUUGGAUUUCACGAAAAUGCCAUCAAAUGUGAGAAAACAUAUCAAAAUACAUAUCAACGAAAAGCAAAAUUUUUCACUGAUCGAGGGAAUAACGAUUUGGUAUUGCUCAUUCCAAUUCAUCUGCGGGAACCGCCUGGGUCUGAAAGGAAGACGAUGGUAUGAAAUUCCAAACGGGAAAUACUGGCUAAAAGAAUUGAAACAAGAACGUACAGCAAAAAAAAAAACGUACCUAAAAAGAAACACUGUUUCAGAGGAAAUAGAGAAUGUGGCUGCAACUACUUUGGAUGGGAUGUUGGUAGUUUUAGGAAGAGAAGUAACUGAUUUGAUCUCAGCUGAAAGGCUUACAACAUCAUGUCGACACCAGUGAUUCGGAUGGGAUGGAAGACAGUGAUAGAUAGCAGUUACACGGAUUUCCCUUUCGAUGACUGCAUAGACGGACGUGGCAUGGUACCGGAUCCGUCCUUGGCAACGCGCCGCCACAUAUAAUACGUGUCGUACAAUGAUGGUGUCAGUUAAGGAGAAAUUCCGUUUAGUCCUCGUUGACUCGUUUUUUAUGUAAAAAAAAAAAAUGUUGUUGAACCUAUUUUUAAGAACUAUUAUAAUAUUCUGUAUUGUAUUAAUUUUAAACAAUUUACACGAUAACAUUAUUGAAAUGCAUCAAAGUAAAAUGAAAGAACACACAAUUACAUGAAAAUAGCAGAAGUCCAUACACAUAUGAUGUCUGUGAUAAAUGGUUUCCUCAAACAUCGAAUUUAAAUUGCGUCCUCCGAAAUAAUAUUCUUUCUGGUUAUAUAAGUAUAAACGAUCAAAUUUCAACUGUAUGUUACUAAAGUAUUGAGAAACUUCCAAUAAACAAAAUACACAACGAGGAAACCAGUAUACUUUUGAAUAGGAACAAAAAGAUUCCUACUAGAGGUAAGCCAAUGGCUUUGAAAAUUUGAGACACGCCGAUCUUACAUUGUAGGCUCAACAGAACGAUGUCAAUAUAACUACUACACAAAAUGAAUUAUUGGUCGUUUGAUACAGACUCCUCCGAAGACGAGUCUUGUCUGUUCGACGGAGAGGCAAUCCGACAAUGACAACUUGUGGACGAUGGACAAGGAGAAUUUCGUUUGCACCAUCUUUGAUAUAGAACUGAUGCCAUUCAAAAUCUUUACUCUGAGUUCCCAGAUGGAAAUGGACUCCAGUAUAGUAAUCUUACAGGCAACUGAUCGCAAAGAAACUGCACGAGAAGGAUUAGAAAAAGAGGAAGAAGUCGACGAGCAUCCGCGGGAUAGUCCGUUGUGCCUGUGAUUGGCUCAUGAUAGUAUUAUGUAAAAAAAAAAUGUUGUUGUACCUAUUUUUAAGAACUAUUAUAAUAUUCUGUAUUGUUUUAAUUGUAAACAAUUUACGCGAUAACAUUAUUGAAAUGCAUCAAAGUCAAAUGAAAGAACACACAAUUACAUGAAAAUAGCAGAAGCCCAUACACAUAUGAUGUCUGUGAUAAAUGGUUUCCUCAAACAUCGAAUUUAAAUUGCGUCCUCCGGAAUAAUAUUCUUUCCGGUUAGAUAAGUUUAAACGAUCAAAUCUCGACUGUAUGUCACUAAAGUAUUGAGAAACUUCCAAUCAACAAAAUACACAACGAGGAAAACAGUAUACUUUUGAAUAGGAACAAAAAGAUUCCUACUAGAGGUAAGCCUAUGUGUUUGAAAAUUUGAGACACGCCAACCUUACAUUGUAGGCUCAACAGAACGUUGUCAAUAUAACUACUACACAAAAUGAAUUAUUGGUCGUUUGAUUCAGACUCCUCCGAAGACGAGUCUUGGCUGUUCGUCGGAGAGGCAAACCAACGUUGACAACUUGUGGACGAUGGACAAGGAGAAUUUCGUUUGCACCACCUUCGAUAUAGAACUGAUGCCAUUCAAAAUCUUUACUCUGAGUUCCCAGAUAGAAAUGGACUCCAGUGGAGUAAUCUUACAGGAACUGAUCGCAAAGAAACUGCACGAGAAGGAUUAGAAAAAGAGGAAGAAGUCGACGAGCAGUCACGGGAUAGUCCGUUGCGCCUGUGAUUGGCUCAUGAUAGUAUUAUGUAAAAAAAAAAUGUUGUUGAACCUAUUUUUAAGAACUAUUAUAAUAUUCUGUAUUGUUUUAAUUUUAAACAAUUUACGCGAUAACAUUAUUGAAAUGCAUCAAAGUCAAAUGAAAGAACACACAAUUACAUGAAAAUAGCAGAAGCCCAUACACAUAUGAUGUCUGUGAUAAAUGGUUUCCUCAAACAUCGAAUUUAAAUUGCGUCCUCCGGAAUAAUAUUCUUUCCGGUUAGAUAAGUUUAAACGAUCAAAUCUCGACUGUAUGUCACUAAAGUAUUGAGAAACUUCCAAUCAACAAAAUA